AUGAGCCUUCCUAUAUACAUUUAUUUCGAACGCAUGGGAGCAUACGUCCUAUACACUGUAAGAAGCUACGAUGUAAACCUAGGAAAUUGUCGAUAUAUGAUAGUCCGUUUGGAUAAUCAAGAUGGAAUUUUGUUGUUCUCGGGUGUCUUUAUGGGCUACGCCUCUGGAAGAAAUUUAAAUUCAUCUGGUCUCGUCGAGAGCCCGACUUCAUUUGCCUCCCCAUCCAUUAAUGGAAUUUUCCGCGAAGAGAAUAAUGGAGAACUUAUCCUCGUCGGCUAUAUUACUCGCAAAAACUAUCAAUUACUCUAUAGGUUCAGUUGUCUUGAAUGUGAUAUGCUAUUCAGCUACUCGAGCUUUUUGAAUAUUCAUUCAAGAGUACAUACUAGGGAUAGGCCGUAUGGCUGUACAUUUUCAGAGUGCAAUAGUUCUUUCACAACGAAUGGUAACAGAAUUCGUCACGAAAGACGUUUCCACCG